AGUUGUUAGAGACGGGCGUCACGGGUGCUGAGCAACACCGAGUCGCUCUUCCGUUUGCGCCACUGUCGCUCAUGUGAGAUCCUGACAUGCCGCAUCGACGAGAGGAGGGCAAGGCUCAGGAAGAACUAGUUUUCAGGUCUUUGAUGAUGGAUGAAAAGGAGGCUGCAAAUGGGACAGUUGAUAAUGGCCAACUGCUGAACUGCAAUGAUAAGCCAAUUGACUCAAAAGAUGGGAAAGGAGCAGAUAUCAAGGGUGAGAAUGAAGAAAAAACAAUAGAUUCAAGUGGUGCAGCUUUGUCAAGUCCAAGUAAACCAUUGUCUGAUGAAGACAAGGCAAAAAUUGUUCGUCAAGUUGAGGUCAGUGAUGAUGGGAGUAAAAUUCGACGUCACCCAGACAAUCCAUUGCCAGAAGAAGGAGAGGAGAGAAGGGAUGCCUUGUUGCAAUGCACUGUCUAUGUCAAGAACUUCCCUCAGACAGUGACCAUUGAUGACCUCCUUGCUUUCUUUCCACAAGAUGACAUUGAUCAUAUUUAUAUGAGGAGGCAUCGAGAUGCAUUGGAAAAAAAGCAUGUAUUCAAAGGAUCUGUCCUAGUCACCUUCAAAACAAAGGAGAAAGCACAAGCAUAUUUGGCACAAGAUGCCAUCAAGUAUCAAGAUGCAGAACUCAUCAAAAUGUGGCAGAAAGAAUGGCUGGAGGAGAAAAAGCAAGAAAAGCAGAAGGGGAAAGAGCAGCAAAAGGCAAUGAAGGAACAACAGAAGAAGGAAAAACAAGAAGCUGCUAAAUAUGUGGCCAAGUAUGAACAAGCAAGAAAAGGGAAGAAGGAGAAUGAAGAGAGGAAGGAUGGAGAAGGAGAGGAAGGAGAGGGGGAGGGAGAACCAGAAGCAGAAGAAAGAAAAGGGUUUCCCAAAGGAACUGUUCUUCAAUUGAAGGGCAUUGUAAGUGGCACUAGCUGGAAAGAUAUCAAGGCAGAGCUGGAAAAGUUUGAAGCUGAUAUUGCCUUCAUCAAGUAUUCAAAAGGAGACAGUGAAGCCUAUGUGCGACUUCAGGAGGAGAACUCUGCGUCUGAGAUCAAGAAGAAAAUAGAUGAAAGUGAGAAGAAAGUGGAAGUGCAUGGUGCACCAGUGGAAGUGUGCAUAAUGGCAGAAGAUGAGGAGGAAGAGUUUCUUCGCAAAGAACAUGAGCAAAAGGAGAAAACAAAAGGAAAGAAGAGAUUCCAAGGCAAGAGGAGAGGUCGUGGUGGAGGGCCACCUGGGAAGCGGCGGAGAGCCAACUGACCUCUCAUAUAAGGGGAGAGUGAUGCUUUUUAAGGCAGAAAAUCAUCACAAAUCCAGAUUUAGACAUAUGAGAAACUUUCCCUCAUGAACUGUUUUUCUGACAGGAUUUUGUUGUCUGCGAAUGAACUCUUGAAAUGUGGCCAAGGGAGAGGGAGUGCGUCUCGGAUGAGUGGGAGCUCGCGAUAGAACUCGCAGAAUAAUUUAUCCUUAGUAGCGAGGGAUUACUUAUUUAAUUAUUCCAACUUUCCUUCCGACACGGUGCAGGGCGUGAGCUUAAAGGUCAAGAGAACAAUGCAGGUUCUUGCUUGGAGCGAGUUUAGAGCUGAGAGAUGGGGAGAAUCUGAAGCAAAUUUGACCUCGACAUGAACCGUACUUUGCAGAAUGUUGUGGCUAGUGACCUGGAUGCUUCUUGACGGCGUAAUUGGACAUUAAGAAUGAAAAAAAAAACUCCCUCUGGAAUCAAUGAUAGACCUGAAUGCUUAAAGAUGGAAUUCAUCUGCCUAUUCUUCUCACAAGUCCAAUGCACCAAUGCGCAAACCUAACGAAGAGUUGAGAAAAAUUCAACAAGGGAAAUUGGAAUAAGUGAUUCCUAUCCAAAGAAGGAUUUUUUUUCUUAAAAUUUCAUCCGAAGUUAUUCUGCCGAGACAAUUAAGUGAGU